UUCUAAACGCGCGGUUUUGUUUAUGGAAACAAAUUUACUCGUAGUGAAAAUCUCUUAAUUCUGCUGCAAAAAGCCUGUGUUAAAUAGAUACUGAUAGCUAGAUGAGUGAAAUAAAGUGAACCGGACACCACUGAAAAUUUACAUAAUGAUUUCAUUGGAAAACCUGGCCGAUACGGUCGUGCCGAUUGUUGCGAUUUCGUUCGUGGUAGCCAUUGCUGCGGUUAAUCUUUUUCUCAGCGUGAGAAAAUGUUUUCCGGUCGGCGUUAACUGUUGGUUUUGCAACACCAACCACCGGGUCCCGUACGCGGAUGGGAACUCCUGGGUGUGUCCCAGUUGCACCCAGUACAAUGGAUUCAACGAGGAAGGGGACUAUAAUCGGGAAAUACCGGCCCAGUACCAGUGCCAGUUGAAUCCGCGUACCAACAACAUAACGGAUGAUGACAAGAUCUUCAAUAGUGGGUCGGUUCUACCGAAUAAUGGCUUGUGUUUCGGCUGCAAUCGGAACCAGGAGCUGAAAAUCUACCAGCUAGCUUCGUUUGUCCCGGAAAAGGAGGAAAAUUACGACGAAGAGGUCGAGGAGUAUGAGCGACAGCUGGAGCAGACUUAUAAGCUUUGCGCUCGCUGUGAAAGGGUCCUGAAACGUAAACUUAAUGAUGUGAAGAGAAACAUCUUGGGGUCUAAGCUGGCCCAGAUCGGAACCAAGGGAUUGAAGGUGUUCGAUAUGCAUAUGCAAGCGAACGAUAAGCAGGUAGCCUAUCGGAAGAAAAAAUCCGUUGCUGAUGCCUGCUUGUGGGCUAUCAUUCUGAUACUGAUCCUGAAGAUUGGUCAACGCGCUUCACAAAUGGAGAUUAGAAAAGAAAGUUUGGAGAAGGUGUUUGGCCAGGUUGUAUCACAGAUGGUGUUGAUGAUCGUUUCCUAUCUGAUAGCAUUGAAACAAACGCUAUUUGUUUAUUGGAGCGGAAUGAUGGAUCAGCCAGUGGUGGUUGAAAGUGUUCAACAGCUGAAAAAUGCUCGAACGGUGUUGAUGGAGAAGUGGGGCCAAAAACUUGACUUAGCGGAUGGAAUUUGCGAGGUUUUUAGCGAUGUUCCCGAAGUUGUGGGACAGGAAAAUGGUUUGACAAAUAUGGCCUUGAUCUGUUUGAUCGGAAUGUUGAUAACCAUCAAGUCACACAUCAGCAAGGCAACAUUGAUUCUCCUUUUGCUAUGCUGUGGCUCAGAAGUAUUUCUCAAAUCCGAAUAUGGUGUGCAUGUUCUCGGAAACAGCACUUGGACGCCAGCUGUUGAAUUGGUGGUGUCGAUUGUCUCUCUGAUGGCAGCGAUAGGAUGUAUUGGAAAAACUACACCAAAGAUUCAAUCAUCGGACCGUCUUGAUUCCAGCUUUCACAAAAUCUACUCACAGCAUUCGAACGAAGCAGAUUCUUCCAAUUCCUGCGAUGAUCAAAGUUCACUACUCAAUGAUUCAUCAAUCUGUUCCGUAAAAGGUGGCCUGUACGCUUCUUCGAUUGGUGCCAACAUGAGUGUUAGAUCUAUGGACACGACCAAAUCAAUCAGUCCAUCGGUGUUGACCGCUUCAACGCUGAGACCCUUCCAGGAUUAUUCUUUUCAAUCGCAAAUUUCUCCAAACUCACAUUACGGGGGAUCGGUUCUAGCCAUCAAUCGUUUGCACGACCAGCAGCAACCUGCCAGGAGCUUUAGCCGAAUAAGUCUUAUAACACCAGAAAAUUCGCUUGCAAAAACGCCCAGUUACUCGGUCGACAAUUUCACAACGGCAAUGGCGGAUAGAUUGAAUGUGUCCAUGGCAAGUCCCCGCAUUGGCUACUCUAUGAACUCCAUAUCAGGUUCAUCAUACCGGCAGAAGGACCUAGAGGAUCGCUUUGGCGAAGAUAUCGAUCGUUUAAGCAUAAGCGGACGGUUGACUUCGUUAUCUCGAAGAGAUCUCUCAAUGGUAAAUCAGAAUCCAUUUGCCACCCAUCACGAAGAUAGCUUCACCAGCAUGCGUCAGCAACAUUCGUGCCAGCAGCCAACACCUCAGACAGUUCAGACACAACAAAAGGUAACCAUUUCUCCCCCUCAUCUAGGUAAUGCAUCGGAAUCCGGAGCGUCCUGGAUCGCCGGUGGGUACUGGGGAUCCCCGCAGAAAGAAGGACAUGUAGAACAAAAUCUAACGGCACAGCAGCAUCCCUACAUGUCAAGAACUUCAUCUCAAAGCUCGGGAUUUGAGUCGCAGCUUACAACUCGACGUCCCACACCGGAAGAUCCCGCUGCCCUAGAAUUAGAUCGUAUUUCUCUGUUUUCCGAGCCAGUAGCCAGGUUCUCGUCCACAUUUCCCAGCACUGAAUCGCGACUUAAUCAAACUUUUAACGUCCCACCAACGCAAUGCCCUUCGCCAUCAUUCAGUCAGACCACAGGUUUCGAUCGGUUUCCAUCCCUCAUUCCCGCACCAUCCACCAGUAGCCGAAAUCUUUUCGAAAACCGAAAUCUAUUCCAAUCGAUUACCCCCACCCCCUUCCACAUAAGCCAAUCCAUAGCGGCUCAUCCCCAGCUCGGCCUGAAUGCCGGGUUCUUCCCUGCAAACCAUUCACAAACGGGAUCAGUGUUUGGGGGAUCCACCGGCGGUAGCCCAAAAAGGUUCGUUCCCAGCUAUGAUCGAUCUAAGCUUAUUAGGAAAAGUUUGCUCAAUCUAGAUAGACUCAACAACGUUGAUAAAUCAUUUAAUAAGAUAACCGAAGAAUAAGGCCAGAAUAAGUUAGCUGAUUCAAGAUUUGGUAGGACACUCUUCCAUUAUCCACUCUGAAGAAACACUAAAAAUAAGACAGCAAAUGCUAAAAAAUGUAAGCCACCAAUGGUCAUCAAUUUUUUUCUCCAUUAUCCAUCCUAGGUCAAUUGUUUUGUUUGCUUUUCCAAUCUGAUAAAUCUUAGUUUUAGUUAGUUUUUAAUUGUAAGAUUGUCACAAACCUUAAGAGAAUAUAAAAAAAAGAAACAGGGACUUGUUCGUUUUCAAUGUGAUUAGUUUUAGGUCUGUUAUAGCAACAUUUUUCGCUCGCAUAAUAAAUUUAGUGAUGAAAAACAAAACCAGGAAUAGAAUAAAAAUAUGUUCCAUAAUGUAAAUGAUAAGCAGUCAAUAACAGCCUUUCUCAAAAAGCAACAAUUGCUGUUAAGCUGAACUUAGUUCUAGAGAAGAAUAAUAGAAUCACUGCCAGUAACUAUUUCCAUAACAUCAGUUCAGAAUGUAACAUAAAACCUCAGCUUCCGAAGGAUUGAAUGAACUAAAUAAAUUAUU